AUGCCUCCCCUGGCCGUGUUCAACCCUUUUCGCGGUAGACCUUCAAGAUUUUGGAUCAUUUUACUCGUAUCUUUUCAACUUUUAUUCGACGUCGUUGUUAUCAUGCUUCACUCGAGAAGUUCUGCCUUCAAGAGACAAGUUGAAUUUGACAAUGUUGUCCACGCACAGCUUCCCACGGUGUUAAAAAUUCGCGGUCCACAGGCUCGACAAAUGAAUGCGAAUAAAGAGCCCACGAAGAAGCCUACGAUAGAUAUGGUUAAUGAUUAUCAACCAUGGAUCGAUUUUAAAUUCGUUUAUCCAGAAGUACAACCGAUUAUCUUAGGGCCGAGGGAUUUUUAUUUGGUUGUUGUUGUCAAUUCGGGUGCGAAGGGAGACGAAUUCAGACAGCGUAGAACGAAAAUUCGGGAAACCUGGGCAAGCAAAAGGACAUGUGAGUAUGCAAAUGCUAUGAAUAACACCAAGUUAAAAGACCUGAAAUGGAUUUUAGUGUUUGUGCUUGGCAAAGCUGGAGUAGAGGUAGAAGAUAAGCGAAAUAUCGACGAAGCCAAGCUACACAAUGAUAUGAUAAUUGGUGAUAUCAAUGAUAACUAUUUGAACAACAUUUUGAAAUUUUACAUGGGACAACUUUGGGCUUCAUUGCUUGGCACGAAGUAUACUCUUAAAACUGACGAUGAUGUGUAUGUCCGAAUACCAAAGAUUAUAGAGUACCUUGUUUCCGAGGGAUCACCCCCGUGCUUCUAUGGCGGCGAGACAUACCCAAAUUCAGGGGUUGCUCGUUGGGCAGGUGGGAAGUGGAGUAUAAGUAAAAAAUACUUCGAUGAACCAAAAUUCCCCCCAUUCAAUGCUGGUGCCUUUAUAAUCAUCUCGGCCGAUCUGUUAGGUAGUCUUUUUAACUAUGUCUACAUCCGAAAGCCAUUUCACACUGACGAUGCGUAUGUUGGUGUAGCCAUGAGAGAUUUUAAAGUUAAGGUUGUUCACAUUUUGUCGUUCGAUAUCAAGAAUAAUAUGGCGGCGCUGAUCCGUACGAAAAACAACUGCGAUAUUUUGAAGUUAAUUGCAUAUGGUCACAAAGUGGACACUGGCGCAAUGCAACAUUUGCAUGGAAGGGUCGAAGAUUUAUGUCAUAACAGUAUCACACUCCAGAAUUGUAAAUGA